CUGCCUGUGCUAGGUAUCUACAGUCACUGACCGUCUGCAGCAAUGACCGGGUCACAGAGGAGUCUGGCCAAGGGCAGCGCUGCCCCAGGACCAGUACCUGAGGGAGUCAUCCGGAUUUAUGGCAUGAGAUUCUGCCCCUAUGUCCAAAGAGCAAUCCUUGUCUUGGUUGCCAAAGGAAUCAAACAUGAAGUCGUCAACAUUAACCUAAAGAACAAGCCAGACUGGUUUUUUGAGAAAAGUCCACUGGGCUUGGUGCCGUCUAUUGAAACCUCGGAUGAUAAAAUAAUCUAUGAAUCUCUAAUUAUUUGUGACUAUCUGGAUGAAGCCUUUCCCGGGGUUAAGCUGACCCCCGCAGACCCCUAUGAAAAAGCUCAACAGAAGAUUCUUCUGGAACAGUUCAACGAGGUUAGAAUUCUCGCAUUCAAUAUUCUGCUUGCCAGAACAAAAAAUGAAGAUUACACUGAGUUGAAGACAAGGGUCUUUGAGAAAUUCAAACCAUUUGAAGAGGUACUUACCAAAAGGAACAUCCCAUACCUUGGUGGAGAAUCCUUGUCUAUGAUCGAUUACAUGAUCUGGCCCUGGUUUGAACGACUGCACGUAUCUGAUAUCACAGAGGUUUUGGAGAAAAUGCCACGUAUCAAUGCCUGGUACAAGCUUAUGCUGCAGGACCCUGCUGUGAAACAGACCUUUAGCCAACCAGAUGUGAUUUCCGGCUUUACCCACCUAUAUUUUAAAGACGAUCUAGAUGCAGUUGAUUAUGGGCUUGACUGAUGAAAAUUGUAUGAAAACUGCAACCUCCCGGCUGCUUCCCAGAAAAACUUAUAAUAAAAUCUUUUCCAAGUAUUGCGCUGUCAUUGUCUAUAGCAGGGAUGGCCAACCUGAUGCUCUCCAGCUGUUGCAGAACUACAACUCCCAUCAUGCCCGGACAGUCUACAGCUAUCAUUCUUCAGCAGGGCAUGGUGGGAGUUGUAGUUUUACAACAGCUGGAGAGCCGCAGGUUGGCCAUAUCUGGUCUAUUUAAAACAUUCAACUCCUUUAAAGUGAAACCUUAUGUUGAUAGGCUCCUUAACUGUCCUGUUUUAUCCCCUUUUCAAUAAAAGACUU